UGAGGUCGCGCUGCAGCUGAGACCAUGUGAGCUGCUCUCGGCUCCUUCAGUCUCUGUUAGCUGCUGGGAGGUGAUGGCACAGCUGAGCUAGCGGACAACAUCCAUCCAGGUGGUCCAUCACUGCGCGCGCGGAUAACCUUCAGUCUGCUUCACCUGUCCUCGAGUCAGUUAUUCACCGAAAACCAGCGCGCGGCGUUUCCCUGUAACACUGUGGCGGAGCUGCUAAUUACAAGCUAACGUCAGCUAACUGAAAAAUGGCCACUGUUUCAAUUCCUGCUGGUACCAGUGCACUCUUACUGGAUAUCGAAGGGACAACAACACCGAUCACAUUUGUAAAGGAUAUCUUAUUUCCGUACAUCAGGGAGCAUCUGGAGGAGUAUUUGUCCAAUCACUGGGAGGAGGACGAGUGCAAACAAGAUGUUCACCUCCUGAAGAAACAGAUCGAAGAGGACGUGAGACAGAACCGGUCGGGCCCCCGUGCACGCGUGGACCAGACGGUCCACACGGACGAGGAGAAGGCCAUUAGGAGUGUGGUGGAUAAUGUGCUGUGGCAGAUGGCGGCAGACAGGAAGUCCACGGCGCUCAAACAGCUGCAGGGUCACAUGUGGAGGGCGGCGUACGCUUCUGGGAGAAUCAAAGGCGAGGUCUAUCAGGACGUAAUUCCAGCCAUCAAAAGAUGGAGAGGACAGGGACUAAAAGUGUACAUUUACUCUUCUGGAAGUGUGGAGGCACAGAAACUUCUGUUUGGAUACUCUGUGGAGGGAGACGUUUUAGAUUUAUUAGACGGUCACUUCGACACUAAUAUAGGAGCGAAAGUGGAGAGCAAAAGCUACGAGAGGAUUGCAGAGAGGAUCGGCUGUCAACCAGAGGAGAUCACAUUCUUGACCGACGUCACUCGAGAGGCUAAAGCUGCGGAGGAAGCGGGCGUGAACGUGGUGGUGGUGGUGCGGCCCGGAAACAUGGAGCUGACGGACGACGAGAGGGCCCACUAUAACCUCGUCAAGUCCUUUAGUCAACUUGAACUGACGGGACGCGCUUAACGCAGAGCGCGGAGGACGACGGGGAGAACUUCUGAUUUCAUAACGACCUCUUCUCCUCUUUGCCCCCCCUCCUUCUCCUCCCUCCUUUUUGCAACUCUUAAUGUUUUUUUUGUUCCACGUUGACAGCUGAAGAGUUGUAGGAGAAGCGGUAAGAAGUCAGUGUAUCAGGACGCCUUUCUCACGUUUGGAAACAGAUCUUCGGAGCGUCGCUCUCACUGGACCGUUCGAUCGAGCGGGAACAGAAAAGCGGCAGAUAAGAAAGGAAACUGCACACCUGUGAAGUUACUUUUCACCUUUUAGAUGAACCGCAUCCGGUCGCCGAAAACUCCAAAAACUUUCAAACUGUAUGUGUCGUAUUUGUAAACACGUUCCAUCCAUUUUCUCCCGCCACACACACACACACACACACACACACACACACACACACACACACACACACGUUUUCGAAGUUUUAUCCAACGAUCGAACCGUUUAACGUCGUAAUGUUUUAGAAAGUAGAGCUGCAGUUUAGUGGUGCUGCUGACAGGAAGUCCUCAUUUCAAACUUUGUCUUAAAUUAGUCCCCCUCAGCAGGCGAAUGGUGUCUAUUUAAAUGUGCCAUCCUCGUAACGUUGGUGUCGGAAAGUUACCCUAGGAAUCGCCAAAAAAUGAUGAUUUCUGUGUGUGAAAUAUAAUCGGUUGUUCAGGAAAUGAUAUAUU